CCAGCUCCGUUGACGCGCAAGAAACACGUUGAGCUUAUUGUCAAUCAAACUGGCACAAACCGCCCGACAGUCAACACCAGGUUGUUUGUUAUAAAUUGUAUAUUUUAGCAUUGUGAACGGGGCUGUUUUGGCCCGUUGUUCUGUGUGACUUCAAACCGCAGGAGGAUAUGCUGGUAUUUUAUCUACCAGAUCUCAGUCAGGAAGGAAGUAUACUUGCACUGCAAACCUGCAGACUCUGAGCUAACCUGUUUUACAUGUAACUGCUUCAUCACUCCUGUUCACUGCGUUUUUUGGAAAUGAGAACGACAUUAUUCCUGCUGCAUGCCAUCUCAUGCUGCUGGUUGGUCAGUGCCACUCUUUCAAAAACUGAUGCAAAGAAAUCGCCUAAAGCUGAGGCCGAGACAUCUCCAUCUGAGUUGUCUGUGUUGGAGAGAGGCCUCGUUGUGUCAGACCCGCCAUGGAAAGACAUAGUGAAGGAGGAAAAGAGACACUGGGCUCACAUCAAGAAAACAUUUCAAGGAUCAGUGCUUGGAUAUGUCACACCUUGGAAUUCUCACGGCUAUGACGUUGCCAAAAUUUUUGGCGCUAAACUAACUUCAGUGUGUCCAGUUUGGCUUCAGCUCCGCCGACGGGGACCUGAAACCUUUGACGUCAGUGGACUCCACGAUCAUGACACAGGCUGGACCAAAGCUGUACGCAAGUCGAACAAAAAAGUCCGGAUGGUGCCUCGGCUGUUAUUUGAUGGCUGGUCUUACCAGGACUACAUGAGCGUGCUGGGGAGUGAAGAUGAAAUUGAAGAGCUCGGAAGUGAGCUGGUGGAUGUUGCAAAGACGGAAGGUUUCGAUGGUUUCACGUUGGAGCUGUGGAGCCAGCUGGGAGGAAACAAAAGAAAGGAGCUGGUCCAUUUUGUGAAACACAUAUGUGAGACUUUGAAGGCUAAAAGAUUAGACUGCAUUCUUGUCAUCCCACCUGCUGUGACAAGUGUGGGGCAGCCGGGUAUGUUUGGCAGGGAGGAGUUUGAGGAGUUGGCCCCAGUAGUCGAUGGAUUCAGCCUCAUGACAUACGACUACUCCAGCGGUGCCAGACCGGGCCCGAGCUCCCCCCUGCCCUGGAUGAGAGACUGUGUCCUCCAGCUUGCACCCACCACUCAGUGGAGGCAAAAGAUCCUGCUUGGACUCAAUUUGUAUGGCCUUGAUUUUGCAAGCCAGGGAACAGAGCCAAUCCUGGGAGGAAGGUACAUUGAGAUUUUGCGAGAACACAGGCCAAAACUUCUCUGGGACGAAUAUUCUGCAGAGCAUUAUUUCAGUUACAGGAGGAACAAUGCAGUUAAGCAUGUGGUGUACUAUCCGUCACUGAAGUCAAUCUACCUGAGGAUCUCUUUAGCUACUGAACUGGGAACAGGAAUUUCCUUAUGGGAAUUAGGACAAGGACUGGACUAUUUCUAUGAUCUCCUAUGAUUGUUGGACUUGAUAGUGAAACCUGUGGACCAUCAGCACUGGAUGUUUCUUUGAACACGGAGCAUAAAAAAUUCAAACGCUGUAUGCAGGUAUUAUUUUUCUGGGGUUUUUUUUUGUUUCUAAGUCACAUGAUCUCUGAAACAAGCCGUUGACAGGAUUUAGUUAAGACUCAACUUGUUUGAGGGUCAUGAGUGUCGAGAAAUCUUCUCUACAUGAACAAAUCUGGAAUUUGUUGAUUCAAACGACACUAGCAGCAGACAUGAGGUACUUCAGUAUGUUUUAUUGAUUUUCAUUGAUGUUGUGAAACAUUUUCAACUUGUACAGUUUAGUCAGAGUGCAGUGACACAUCUCCAUUCAACAACAGAAGGUGCAUGAUCGUCAAUAUGUAUAACGUUUAAAUGAAGGGUUAUAUUCUUCUCUUGUUCACGUGCCACACACAUCUGCAGCCUCUCAUCAGACAUCGUCUGCUGUUUUGCUCAAAUAUUUCUGCUCUUGGAUGCAGCCUUGCUUGCUGUGAAGAUGAACCCUUCUCUGGCUUUGAACAUCCUCAAAACUACAUCUGCCUUUUUUUUCUCAUUUUUAUUUUCGUAUCAAGACAUUUGAUUGUGUGGUUUUUAUAAUAACAGCAUUGAAAAGUAAUGAAGUAUUUACAGUGUUGCCAAACAUCUGUUCUAAACCCAGCAUCUUCCAAUAUCUGUCUGAGAUGAACGUUUGUUUUAAUUACAUGAAUAUAAAUGUGGGACAACUAA